AUGGGUGGUGGGGUGGUGGGAAUAACGCCAUCACGCUUGCAGGUUAGAUUUGCCAUCGACAUGGGCCGUGACACGAUUUCCCAGGUGACGAUCGAGACGGAUGCGUCUCGCUCUCGCGAUGACAGCCUCAAGGCCGGGGAGAGACUCUCUGUCAAUGAAAACCAUGUGCUUCAGGAUCGCAAGAUUGGAGCGCUGGGAGCCAUCUCUCUGGUUGUCAAUAAGAUAGUUGGCGCUGGAAUCUUCUCUACACCAUCCACUAUCUUUAAACUCUCUGGUAGUGUGGGCUUGUCGCUGAUCCUCUGGGUAGUGGCCGGAAUCAUCUCCGCCUGCGGUGCCCUGGUGAUGCUGGAAUUCGGCAGCGGGAUGCCUCGAUCGGGAGGCAUCAAGGUAUAUCUGGAGCGAUGCUUCUCCCCAAAGCAGAUGCAGACCUGCAUUUACCUCUUCUUCUGCUUGUUUCUGCAGGUCUCUGCCAGCAACGCAAUCACCGCAUCGGAAUAUUUGCUGUCCGCUGCUGGGGUAGACUCUACGACCUGGAAGGAACGAGGGCUAGCCAUUGCGGCCGUGUCAUUUGCCGUCGGCGUCCACACCUGCGCUCCCCGGAUCGGGCGCGCAAUGCAGGAUCUGCUGAGUAUGGUCAAGCUCUUCACUUUACUGUUCAUCGUGUGUACGGGUUUUGCCGCUCUGGCUGGCCAUCGACGCAUCCCUAACCCUCACAACUUCGACGUGAAGACAUCCUUUGAGGGCACCUCGAACAAUGGAUAUGAAAUCGGGACGGCUCUCCUGGAUGCGAUAUUCUCGUAUCAGGGGUAUGAUAAUGUAAAUGCGGUCCUCUCCGAGGUUAAAAACCCCGAACACACCCUGCGCAUUGCUCUCCCCUCCGCCAUGGGGAUCAUCACGGUGUUGUACGUUCUUGCUAAUGUAGCCUACUUUGCUGGUGUCUCCAAGGAAGAAUUCCGAUCAGCCAAUGUCACAAUUGCCGCCAGCCUAUUCCGCAACGUGUUCGGCGAGACAGCCGCAACGCGAGCCCUUCCUGCUCUCGUUGCUCUGUCUGCCAUCGGCCAUUUGUUGGGAGUUGCGUUUGUCGUCCCGCGUUUGCUUCAAGAACUCGCGAAAGACGGUAUCACCCCGUUUCCCAACAUCAUGAUGCAGAACCGGCCAUUCAAGACCCCGAUCGCAGCACUGUUCGUGCAUCUCUGCGUCACGAUUCUAUUUAUCUGCGCUCCACCCGCAGGAGAUGCUUUUUCAUUCGUCGUUGGACUUUCAUCCUAUCCGAUGUGCGUGAUGUUGACAGCCAUUACGGUGGGUCUGGUGAAGAUGCGAUUCACGCCGUCCGAGGGGUGGUCGUCGUCCUACAGCGCGCUAUGGCCGGUCAUUGUGUUUUACCUGGCGGCCAAUGUUUUCCUAUUAGUUAUGCCGUUCGUUCCGCCUAAUUCGAGCACAUCUAGCAUCCCUUAUUGGCUGAGUCCUGUAGUAGCAUUAGGGAUCCUCGGGCUCGGUGUGAUAUACUACCUUUUACGGUUCGUUCUAUUGCCGUGGGUGUUCGGCUACAGCCUUCGUCCAGUGACGAAAGACUUGACGGACGGGUCGCGGGUUGCUCAGAGCUGUCUUGACCAACCUUCCGAUUUGGCUUCGAAAUGA